AUGAAUUUCACAAUCUUCUCUCGGUUUCUUAACCCCAUAACAAAACACCGUCCUAUUAACCUGAAUGGUUAUCAUCGAUAUUAUGCUACUUAUUGGUUAAAUCAUAAUAGGCCUUGCAAAAAUCCAGAAUCGACAUUAAGUUGCUAUAGGCAUCAGCAUCACCAUACCUGGAUUCAAAAGGAUGUUCUAUCAAACAUGAAAGGAGCUUUGGCUAACUUUGGUGGUAGUUUUUCCUUCUUGACCAAUUCCACUUCCAACUACCUAUCCGUCGCACAAGUAACUGAUCUACUUCGACAGGAGAGAGGAAAAGAUGUCUGUGCCAUCAAUAUAUCUCCUGAAUAUUGCUAUGUUGAUCAUAUUGUUAUUUGUAGUGGUUCAUCUACACGUCAUCUUAGAGGAAUGGCAACUUCGUUGAAAUCUCAGUUUCGUGGAAAGCAUCUGCCUGGUAUUGGCAAAGUACUUAUCGAAGGAGAGGACUGUCAAGAUUGGAUGGCAAUUGAUAUUGGAAAUAUGGUAGUCCAUUUUUUCUUACCGGAAACUCGCGAGAAAUAUCAGUUGGAAAAGUUAUGGCUACUAGGACCGCAAUAUGAUGAUUUAACUAUUUCAAUGUCACUGACGGAGGAUCUAAUGAAUAAGCACUGGAACAAAUGA